UGGAACCACCCCUUUACAACAAAGGACCUUCAUCAAAUGGCGGGAAGUAUCAUUUUCGCGCGAGACUCUUUCCUGGUAACAUCCUUCAUUAUCUUUGGUGGGUAAAAAUACAAAGAUGUCAACAUUAUUACAUGAAAUCCCAACUGAUGUAAACAAAGAAAACAGGGAAAAUGGCGUCAAAAAGAUUAAGACGACAGAUGGGAAUCAAUCGUUAGAAAGUGAUGUUGAAAAGAUGGAGACAGAUGGAAACCAAGCCAACAAUAAACCAUACACCUUUCCACAAGGCAAGAGGCAUGAUGAGUUACAGUACCUUGAUUUAAUUAAAGACAUUAUCAGGACAGGGCAUCGUAAAGGGGACAGGACCGGCGUAGGUACCAUCAGCAUAUUUGGAGCACAAAGUCGGUAUUCAUUAAGAGAUCAGUUUCCGCUGCUCACAACAAAGCGUGUCUUUUGGAGAGGACUUGCUGAAGAACUGCUCUGGUUUAUCAAAGGUUCCACAAAUGGUAAUGAGCUGAGUGAAAAGAAUGUUCGCAUUUGGGAUGCAAAUGGUUCCAGAAAUUUCCUUGACAAUCGUGGACUUAAACAUCGUGAAGUUGGUGAUUUAGGACCAGUAUAUGGUUUCCAGUGGAGACACUUCGGAGCAGAAUAUAAAGAUAUGCAUGCAGAUUACACGGGUCAAGGUGUUGACCAGUUGGCUCAGGUGAUCGAAUUGAUCAAGAGCAACCCAAAUGACCGUAGAAUGAUCAUGUCUGCAUGGAACCCGACAGAUCUGUCCAAAAUGGCACUUCCACCAUGUCAUGCUUUUGUGCAGUUUUAUGUGUCAAAUGGCGAGUUGUCAUGUCAACUGUAUCAACGAUCUGGUGAUAUGGGAUUGGGUGUUCCUUUCAACAUAGCAAGCUAUGCUCUGUUAACAUAUAUGGUAGCCCAUGUGACAGGCCUGGAACCUGGGGACUUUGUACACACAAUAGGAGAUGCUCAUGUUUAUACUAAUCACGUUGAGCCUCUCAAGAUACAGUUGCAAAGAGAGCCAAGACCUUUUCCAAAACUGAUCAUCAAACGAAAUGUGGAAAAUAUAGAUGAUUUUAAAUUUGAAGACUUUGAGAUUCAAGGGUACAAGCCUCAUCCUAAAAUUACUAUGGAAAUGGCUGUAUAAAAAAAGACAUUGUAACUACUGUAUAUCUGUAUUCUUCCGUAAAGACAACCUUACUAUCCAAUACAUGUAUGUACUGCCAUGGUGUGAUAUACCAAGGUGUGAUCCAGUGGCAAUGUCAGCAGGGUGUCAGAGAGGCUUGGGUCACCUUUCAUCGUAAUUAAGUCGUCGGACCAAAAAUAUUAAUUUUCCUAUCCAAAUAACAUUUUGAUUUCCAGUUCCUAAUUCCUAAAAGCACAAUUUUGGUCCAUACUAUGCCAAAAAAACUCCAAAUGCACACAACUGGGGAUUUUAUCUGUCGCCCUGACCGAGACUAGUAAGACUCUAGUAAGGUUAGGCAUGCCAACUGGUAAUUAUGGUCUUAUGUAUUUGUACAUUUUUUUUAAAACUUGCAUACAUCAUAUUGUAAUUCAUUGUGCAAGAUGUAAGUACUGUAUAGUGGACCUUUCAUGAGUGUUAAUCAAACUACUAAACCAAUCAGAACAUGGCCAGGAAUAUGCACGUGUCAAACAAUCACACAAUCAUAGGGAGCAGCUUAGAUUUGUCGGCUAAUCUGGUGGUAGCCAUUGUGUGUGCGCUGAACCAUGGAGAUCUCUAGGUUCCCGGUUCAAUUCCCAUCACUGCCUCUCCUUGUGUUUCAGCUGGAGGGCUGAAAUACAAUUUAGCGCACCGUCUUUCGGAUGAGACAUUUGAGCCGUUUGUCCCGUGUGCAUUAACAGCCCUUUUGCACGUUAAAGAACGCAGUACUCUUCGGAAAAGAGUAGAGGAUUGUCUACAAGUCUUCCAGACUUACUCCUUGGUGUUUACACUGAAUAAAUCCAAUCCAAUUCACACUUUUCGCACAUGUUUGUGUAUGUUUUAACAUUAUCGUUUUGUGGGGCCUUAGCAGUAAUAUCCAAGGAGUAGUCCGCGGAGCUUAGCGGUUCUGUGUAUAUAUACAUUUUUCUACCAGUAAUGAAGUCUAUGCAAGUUUUGUAUAUUUCUUCCAAUAAGCAAAUAAGAGCUGUUCAACUUGUGUAUGCAAUCCACCAAUAAUAAGUAAGAUCUAUGCAACUUUAGUAUGCAAUCCAAAAAUAAGAAAUUAGUUCGAUGCAACUUUCCAACAAAUAUGCAAUAAUCAAUGUUUUUUGUUACUUUCUAAUGACAGACUUUUCCACCAAUGCGAAAUGUGAUCUAUGCAACUUUGUAUGUUUCUCUGUGUAGGAUUAUUUUUUUCUACCAAUACAUAAUAGUCUAUGUAACUAUAUUUCUUCCAAUAAGAAAUAAUCUGCAAAUUUGGUGUUUCCUAUCCGUAAAAAUGCAGUAAUGCAUUCUAUUCCAUCUCAGGUUAUUGUAAAGUAAGUUUUUAGUGAUUUUCUAAUGAGUAAAAUUUAACAAUACCAAAGUUUUCGAAAGUACAGUACAGAUUUUUUAUACAUGUUUUGUACAAAUUUGGCAGUUUGUCAUCAUAUGUUUUUGAUAGUCUCUCUAAAACAACCAUCAUAUACAGUACUAGUUAGCUGCACCACUACAGUAUAUAUAUGUACUGUAUACAGAUUUACUUUAGUCAUGGAAUACAUUUGUUGGAUUCUUGCACAAUAUUAACGACUUUCUGGAUGCCUAUAUUAGUUAAGGCAAGGGUGGUGUUAUUAUUUGUAAUCAAAAUAUAACACUAAUAGCAACAUACCAUAUUUAAGUAGUUAUGUUGUUGAUUGUUGUACUUUUGUAUAUUAAAGAACUUUUGAAAUUAA